AUGCCACUUACAUUCCCCAUCUCCACCGAUUCCCCCAAACUUCUCCAAGACUCUCUUACAAAAGCAUCGAAACCACAAUAUGUGAUAUUCUUCGCCUCUCUCAAGCCCGACACAAACGAGUCUUGGUGUGGGGAUUGUCGACGGGCUGAAGGGCCUUUGAGUGAACAGCUUGGUAAGGCUGCUGGGAAAGAGAGGGUGAAGCUUAUUUAUGGCGGGUCGCAGAUUGAAUGGAGAGACUUGUCGUCGGGUAAGAAGAGUCCUUGGAGGGAGGAGCCGUGGGGUAUUGAUAGAUUACCUACUGUAGUGAAGAUUACUGGGGAGAAAUGGGAAAAAUUGAUUGAGGAAGAUUGUUAUGAUGAGAAGAAGUUGAAUGCUUUUGUUGAAGAGUAG